AUGAUUGUAAAAUUAUUCUUCUUACUAACCAUUUAUUUCACGCAUUAUUCCUCCGCAGAUGACGAUAUUGAUCCAAAUGGUUAUUUGAUGUUUUGUCCAUGCAUGGGUCGAUUUGGUAAUCAAGCUGAACAGUUUCUCGGCGUGAUAUCAUUCGCACGAACACUCAAUCGAACUCUUGUACUUCCUCAUUGGAUCGAAUACCCACCUUAUAGUGCAACAUCGACUCAAAUUUCAUUCGACCGUUAUUUUCAAGUGGAGCCUUUGAAAGCUUAUACAAAAGUAAUCUUAAUGAAGGAUUUUAUGAUUCAUCUAGCGGAGAAAAUCUGGCCAAAAGGAAAACGAUAUGUGUUUUGUUAUACUGCGCAAAUGAACGAGAAUAAUGAGGCGAAGGGCUGCCGUGCAAAAGAUGGCAAUCCAUUCGGACCAUUUUGGUCACAUUUCAAUAUUGAAUUUGACAAAGAUGUUUUCUAUGAGCCAUUGUUUUUUGAAAUUAUCAGACCAGACGCUUGGAAUGCCAAAUACCCAGCAGCUGAAUAUCCAGUUUUGGCUUUUAGUGGUCCACCCGGAAGUUUUCCAGCGCUCGAACAAAAUAUUCCUCUAGCAAAAUAUUUUGUCUAUUCGGACUACAUUCGAAACAAAGCGGAAAAAUUUCUGAAAAAGCACAAAAUCGCUCCGGAAACAUUACUGGCUCUUCACUUAAGAAAUGGAGUCGAUUUUGAACGAGCUUGCGGGUACAUGAAUGGCAAAUCGAACUUUUUCGCCUCUGCACAAUGUUUAGGAUUUAAUCUUGAAAAAGGUAUUGAACUAACCAAUGCGAUUUGUUAUCCGUCAGAGAGUCAAAUUUUUAAACAAACUGAAGCAGUGAUUGAAAAGACGAAGCCAGCUGUUUUAUAUAUUGCCGCUGAUGGAGACCAUAUGUUAGGCAAAUUUGAAAAACGUUUUGCGAAACAGUAUGGAAUAAAAGUAGUCAAAUACACUCGGCCAGCGGAUCAGAGUGAGGGCGAAGCAGCUCAUAUGGAUUUGUAUUUGCUAAGUAUUGCUCAAAAUGCGAUUGUCAACUGUCCGUCGACGUUUUCAGCAUUUGCUAAACGACAACGAGACACGAACAAUAAACCGACACACUUUUGGGGCAUUGAACAUAUUUCAACCACGAAUGAAUUCAAGUCUGACCUGUAG